GGAAGAGCAUUCUCCUUAGCAACUGCGGGACCUCCGCGGCGCCAGCCUCCCGGGAGCCACGCUUGUGACAACUGAGCUACUCAAGGCAGGAAGAACUCUGAGCUGAGCAGUGGAGGACCCCCUGGAUCUGGAGAGAAGAGGUGACCUUGGAACCAGUAAUGAGCCAUCCUGACUUCAGGCUGAACCUCCGGCCCUUGGGGACCCCCAGAGGUGUGUCCUCUGUGGUUGGCCCACAUGGUGUUGGUGCUUCGCCAGGUGACAAAAAGUCAAAGAACAAGUCCAUACGAGGGAAGAAAAAGAGCGUAUUUGAAACCUACAUGUCCAAGGAGGAUGUCUCAGAAGGCUUGAAGAGAGGAACACUUAUACAGGGUGUAUUGAGAAUUAAUCCAAAGAAGUUUCAUGAAGCUUUCAUUCCUUCCCCGGAUGGUGAUCGAGACAUUUUUAUCGAUGGGGUUGUUGCUCGUAAUAGAGCCUUGAAUGGGGAUCUAGUGGUCGUGAAGCUGCUUCCAGAAGAGCAAUGGAAGGUAAUUAAACCAGAGAGCAAUGACAAAGAAACAGAAGGUGCCUAUGAAUUAGAUCUCCCCGAGGAGCUCUGUGGAAGCCAUCUCCUGCAGCAGCCCGUGAAAGGCUAUAAUGACAGCCCUGAUGUCAUUAUAGAGGCUCAGUUUGAAGACAGCGACCCAGAAGAUGGACAUGGCAGCACACAGAAUGUUCUAGUUGAUGGUGUCAAGAAACCCUCAGUUUGUGUUCAUGACAAAGGAAAAGAGGAUGCUGAUGCUCCCGUAACAAAAGAUGAGAGCACCUCCACGUCACAGGACCCAAGAGCUUUACCAGAGAAGUCGCUGCAAAGAUCAGCAAAGGUGGUUUACAUCUUGGAGAAAAAACAUUCCCGGGCAGCAACUGGCUUUCUCAAACUCUUGGCUGAUAAGAACAGUGAACUGUUUAGGAAAUAUGCCCUGUUUUCUCCCUCGGACCACCGAGUGCCUAGAAUUUAUGUGCCUCUCAAGGACUGUCCCCAGGACUUUGUGACCCGGCCUCAAGAUUAUGCCAACACACUGUUCAUCUGCCGCAUCGUGGACUGGAAGGAGGACAGCAAUUUUGCCCUGGGGCAGCUGUCUAAGAGCCUUGGUCAGGCUGGUGAAAUUGAGCCUGAAACAGAAGGAAUACUAACAGAGUAUGGUGUGGAUUUCUCUGAUUUCUCUUCCGAAGUUCUAGACUGUCUCCCUCAAGGCCUGCCCUGGACAAUCCCACCAGAGGAAUUCAGCAAGAGAAGAGAUUUAAGGAAAGACUGUAUCUUCACCAUUGACCCAUCAACUGCCCGUGACCUCGAUGAUGCCCUCUCCUGCAAGCCACUUGCUGAUGGCAACUUUGAAGUGGGGGUUCACAUCGCAGAUGUCAGUUACUUUGUUCCUGAGGGAUCCCCCCUGGAUAAAGUGGCUGCGGAGAGAGCUACAAGCGUCUAUUUGGUUCAGAAGGUCAUCCCCAUGCUUCCCAGGGUGCUGUGCGAGGAGCUGUGCAGCCUCCAUCCCAUGACCGACAAGCUGACCUUCUCCGUGAUCUGGACACUAACCCCGGAGGGCAAGAUCCUUGGUGAAUGGUUUGGUCGGACCAUCAUUCGCUCUUGUACCAAAUUGAGCUACGAGCACGCACAGAGCAUGAUUGAAAGUCCAAAUGAGAAAAUCCCCGAGAAGGAGCUGCCCCCCAUCUCCCCCGAGCACACCAGUGAGGAGGUGCACCGGGCUGUCUUGAAUCUCCACGGAAUCGCAAAGGAGUUACGCAAACAACGGUUUGUGGACGGCGCACUGCGUCUGGAUCAACUGAAACUUGCUUUCACUCUGGAUCAUGAGACCGGACUGCCUCAAGGAUGUCACAUCUACGAGUACCGUGACAGCAACAAGCUCGUGGAGGAGUUUAUGCUCCUAGCCAACAUGGCCGUGGCCCACAAGACGCACCGCACCUUCCCUGAGCGUGCCCUCCUGCGCCGGCACCCUCCGCCCCAGACCAAGAUGCUCAAUGACCUUGUGGAAUUCUGCGAGCAGUUGGGGCUGCCCAUGGACUUCAGCUCUGCAGGGGCCCUCAAUAAAAGUCUGACCACAACAUUUGGAGAUGACAAGUACUCCCUGGCCCGGAAGGAGGUACUCACCAACAUGUGUUCCCGGCCCAUGCAGAUGGCCCUGUACUUCUGCUCCGGGAUGCUGCAGGACCAGACGCAAUUCCGGCACUACGCCCUCAACGUGCCGCUCUACACCCACUUUACCUCCCCCAUCCGCCGCUUCGCCGACGUCCUGGUGCACCGCCUCCUGGCCGCCGCACUCGGCUGCGGGGAGCUGCCCGACCUUGAGCCCGAGACCCUGCAGAAGCAGGCCGACCACUGCAAUGACCGCCGCAUGGCCUCCAAGCGCGUCCAGGAGCUCAGCACCGGCCUCUUCUUUGCCGUCCUGGUUAAGGAAAGUGGCCCCCUGGAGUCGGAAGCCAUGGUGCUCGGUGUCCUGAACCAAGCCUUCGACGUGCUGGUGCUGCGCUACGGCGUGCAGAAGCGCAUCUACUGUAACGCACUGCCCCUGCGGUCCUACCACUUCCAAAAGGUGGGCAAGAAGCCGGAGCUCACACUUGUCUGGGAGCCUGAGGACACGGACCUGGAGCCAGUGCAGCAGGUCGUCACCAUCUUCAGCCUGGUCGAGGUGGUACUGCAGGCCGAGACCACUGCCCUCAAGUACAGCGCCGUCCUCAAGCGGCCAGGCACAGAGGGCCUCCUGAGCCAGCAGGAUGGGGAGCAGCCAGAUGCCAGUGUCGCUGGUGACCUGCAGGCCUGAGGCCUCCUGCGCAGCCCACACCCCUGCCCCACCCGCCGGCUUUUAGGAAUAGGACCUUUCGACACCAAAGGGGAUUUUUAAUUUGGUUUUUAACAACUCAGGGCUUUGUUUUUAUUUCCUCAUUCUAUUUUAUUUUUGCCGCUCAGUUUUUAAACAAACUGGAGGGGAGAGGGUGGGGCUGGAUGGAAGGUUGAGGCCUGGCUCAUGCUUUCUGGGAGGAGAACGGGACCCCGUCCUCCUGGGAAGGCCAGCCCCCCCUUCUGCCAGGCCACCCACUGCCUUCCCCUGCCCAGGAAACCGGGGACUUUCAGCAAAUCAGUGUCAUGGAAUAAAAUCAAGUGUGAAUUGCUGUCUGGUGUGGGGGGCACUAUGGGGAGGCCUAGACAGCAGGGUGCCCCUUGGACCUAUGACAAGGGACCUGGCUCAGGCUGCACCCCUCGCAGCUGAGCUGGGGUCACCACCCUCCAGAACCUUCCUGUCAGUUCCAGGAUGAUUCACAGAGCUGGCCACAUGUCAGACCGAUGCCUGUGCCUCAUUCUGGCUGAUUAGAAAUGUAAUUAGUAUGCAAGACAGCAAAGCUCACCCAUCACCCAGCCGAAAGUGACUGCCCCGCCCCCACCAGCUCCUCUGCCUGCUGGCCUCAGGAGGGGCGGCAGGGGUCCUGCGACACUCCCUCCCUCAGGUCCCAGGCCACAGCUCUGAGUAGCCCAGUCCACAGGCCUGGGUUCAAGCUGCUGGCUCACCCUCCAGUGCCAAUCCUAUACCCUGGCGGCCCUGAGGAGCAGGGGACAGGGACCUGGGUCUGCCAGAGACGAGGAAGGCCCUCAUCCUGACCUUCCCAGCCAAGGAGGGGCAGAGGGGUGCCUGGUGGCCCUAACUUGGUCUUGUCACCUGCCUGGCAUCAUCCUGAGCACCCCCCAGUUGCACCAUCCCUGGGGACCUAGGGACAGAGAUGAGGGGCCCCUGGGCUGUGCUCUCUCCCCAGCUGGCCUGACCCUGGCCUGCACUCCUUCCCCGCCCAGCUAGGAAACCACAGGCUGGCUUCCCAAAGGACUGCCGGAAACCCGGUGGAAACCAGACCUUGGCCCUUAUUCCUCCAUGCCGUUUCCUUGGGGGUCAGUAUUAACAAGCCCAUUUGAUCGAGUUGCAGUGAAUGCUCUUCAAAGAAAAAUUCAGUACAGUACCUCUUAGGAGGGCCUCGCGGGCUCCGGAGGACAGAUGGCGUGGCCCGAGGACAGAUGGCGUGGCUGCCUCUGUCCUGCACAGGAAGCCCUGGGCCAGGUGUCAGAAGGGAAUGGAGGACACGCUACCAUCCUGCCUUCCAUUCCUUUCUCUUCCAACACCUUACCCAGCCUUCCAGGUAUCCAUCUCACCACCCCCAAGAUAUCCCUGAGGCCACCACCCCUCUCUGUUCCUGUCCCAGAGCCUUCUCCUGCAACCAGGGACCUGAAGGGAAGAUAGGUGAGAGGAUCUGGUGGUUUCAUGUUUGGAUGAGAAGAUUUCCAAGUGUUUCCUGUCCUAGGCAACCCAACAGAGCCCAAGGGCAGGACACCUCAACCUUGUCCCCAUCCCCUCAUACUGCCCUACCCUCUGAGGAAGAGCACUGGUGUUCUGCACUGAGGCUGUCCCCUGCCAGCCUCCCGCAGAGCCUGGGGGUAGAGGGCAGAGCAGAGCCCCCGUGGAGUGACACCCAUCAGGGAGGCUGUGGGUCAGAGCCCCUGGGCUCCCUCUUGAGCAACAUGGACUCAGAAUGGACCCCGGUCCUUAUGGCCCAGGCACCCCCUGAGCCCUGGUGAGGCCCAGCCAACUUGGUCAGCAUGGCACAACUUGGCCGCCAGGACUUGCUUGGGCAGAGGUGGGUGUCACCCUGAGCCACGCUAGAGCCACGGGGGCCAUGGCCAUCCAGCCCACCCCACUUCCUUUGACAGAAGUGUAAACUGUGCCCAGACAGGAGCCAGGAAGGCUCUGUCUUCCUCAAGGGGCCACGUCAGGUCGCCAUGGUGGAGGGAGCAGAGAUGCAAAUAGCGUCACAGCGGGACAGGCUCUAGCAAAGUCCCGAGGCUGGAGAGUGUAUUCCUAGCCCUGAAGGUGCAGCAGCCAGAAGACCGUGCAAGGGCCCCACCGGGGUGAAGGAACUGAGGCUCAAAGCUACUUGCCUAACCAGGAACUGUGAAGGUCAAGGUCAGAGUGCUAAGAGGACACACAAGAAGACGCUGGAAAGGUAGAUCCCACGGCCCCUCUGAGAGGGCCAGAGAGUUUGCACUCUGUCUGAUGGCCAUACAGAGCCACUGAAGGUUUCUAACCAAGGCUGCGCUGGGAAGGCCUCUGUUCCCUCCCUCCUUUACUUAGCAGGGAGCACGGAGUGGCUGCAGAGCUCUAUUCGUGGGGCUGCUGUCCUCAGGAGGAGCGGGUUCACUAGUGCGAGAGGCGGUGGUGAUGGCAUGAAGGUGAAGCAGGAGGGGGUGUCCUGUGGGGACAGAGCCUUAGGGAGCAGCCUUGUGACUGUUUGCAAGCUGGGGCCCUGAGGCCCAGUGCUGUCGGGGGGGAGGGGGGUGCAGGCCAAGCGUAGGUCAGAGUGAUGGAGGAAAGCCCUCGAACUGGGGCGGUGAGGGCUUUCCUUGCCCCCCGGGGGCAGACCUGGGAACAGAUGAACAGAGGAGGGGCGCAAGCCAGCAUCCCCAGACUCCAUGCUGAGAAUAGACCCCCUGCACAGAGGCAGGGGCGGGGAGUGGAGGGUGUGGGGUGCAGCACCAGGGGUGGUUGGGGAAACCCAGGCAGGCCUUGAGGUUCGGGGAGAGUGGUGCUCAGGCGGGAUGUCUCCCCGGCUGACCCCCGGGAAGGGUCAGCCUGGGAAAGCUCAGGACUGAAAAUCUGGGAUCAGGAAGAUGAGAAGGGUGGGAUAUGAGGAGCCUGGGAAGGAGGAGCCAGAGAGAGAGGGGUCCUGAGGCUUCAGAAGGACUCCUGUCUUUUGAUUAUGUAGGAAAGAAACCCAGUGCUCUGGGAAGUGACUCUGGGAAGAAGGGAACCGAUAGGAAAGCUGGACAGAACUACCAGAGGAGGGCAGGAAAUCCCAUGUUGGAGAGACAGGGAGGCACCACACCUCCAGGUCACCUGGGGUGGCCCUGUGCCCUUCUCUAUUUCUGCUUCAUUUUCUCCUGGUGUAGAUCACUUCCCCCAUGGUGACCUUCUGGAAGUGUCUACCUUCUGUAUCUUGUAGCCCACCCUCCCAGCUCUAAGACCCCAGGAAAGAGUGGGGUGGUUGCCCAACCCUGGCCCAUCAAAGAGCUGUCAUGGUACCGAGUGGGAGCUCCUGCGGUCCCUGGCAAUUGGGAGGGAUGGGCAAGAACCUGGGGACCAGGUCCCAGGAAGAGGCUAGGCCCCCACGGAGACAUAGCAGCAGACGCCUGCUGUAGCUGCCAUGAGUGCAGAGCAGUGAUGCCACAGGACAGGAGCCCAGGCUAGAGGGGCUGUGACAAUCCAGGUGAGAUGAGGGCCUGAGAGAGGGAACGGAUCCAAGAUGAGACAGAGCUGGCAUGGACAGGUGCUGGAGGCACAGGCAAGAAUGGCUCCCGCCGGAGGAGGCAAAGAGGAACACCCUAGGGGACAACAGCGGGGAUGGACGGGGCAGAUGAGGGGUGGGGACAGCAGAGGCCAGAGUUCAGACUCCUUCUGGGAACAAGAGAGCCUCAGAUGCCGCUACUGGGAGUUGAGAGCAUGAGGCAAAGUCGUGCGGUGGGUUAGGACUACACAGGGGGUGGGAAACAGAAUUCACAGCGGCUGAGAUGGGGCAACAGCCUCCGGUAAAGAAAAUGUGUUGUGUACACAAAUUGGAAUAUGGCCCAGCUGUGAGAAGGGACAUCCUGCCAGUUGUGGCAACGUAGAUGCACGUGAAGGCCGUUCUGCUGAGUGAAACGGGCCCGGCUUGAGACAAACACUGCAUGUCCUCGCCUAUGUGUGGAGUCUACGAGAAUCAAACACAUAAAAGCAGAGGAGAAGGCUGCUUUCCAGGGCCAAGGCAGGGAGGAAGAAUGGGGAGAUGUUGGGGAUGAAGUUUCAGUUGUAAGAUAAACUAGUCUGGGGAUCUCCUACUACACAACACGGUGGUGUAGUUAACGACACGGUGCUGUGGGCUGGAAAGCCGCAGAGCAGGUACAUCUUCAGCGCACUCACCACGGAAAGAAUGUGAUCGCUCUGAGAUGACAGAUCAUGUUAACGAGCUUGACAGUGGUGAUCACUGCACAGUGUAUCCAUAUAUCAAAUCAUCAAGUUGUACAUCUUAGAUAUAUACAAUUACGAUUUGUCCGUUAUACCUCAAUGAAACUGCUAAAUAAACAUAAAUACAAUAAAUACAAA